AAGCAGUGGACAAGUCCGGCGUGGGCUGGGUUGACAAGAUGGCUGAGCUUCCAGGCAAGAUUGGCCGCGUAGUGGGUAGCAAGGUUGCACGUCGGCAUCCCGCAGUGGUCGUUGAGUUCGAUGGCGAGGACCAGUAUUUUGGCUUCCCGCACCAGGUUGUCGCUCCAAGCAACGCCUUGGUUCAUGUUUCCAGCAACCUGACAACAGUCAGGGAGGAGAGCGCAGGCCUUGCUGAAUGGAGGCCUCAUAUGGCAUCCUAUGGCGGCAUGCAUGGAAUUCUUCAGAGCCGUGGAAAUGGAAUCAUGAAGGUGAAGUUUGGCGAUGGCAAGUUAGGGGUCUUCAGUCCCACUGUGGUGAACUAUGUGCUCAGCCCGGGUGACCGCGUCCGUCUGGCCCCAGAAGGCCGCACGCAACUGUGGGAAGUCCUUCGCCAGCCAGGUGCCUCGAGCCUGCAGGAGCUUGCCCCAGUGAUGGACAGCAUCGGCGAGGUAAAGGGCAGCAAGGUCUGUGGAUUGAAAUCCACACCCUUGGUCUGGGUGGAUUUUGGCGGAAGAGUCUUUCGCGUUCCUAGCACAGUCCUGCUGCAAGUUUCGGAACCAUUUCCUAGCACGGCCGUUGAGUAA